GAAAUAAAUUAUUCGAAACAAUUGCAAAAAUAUUGGGUCCAUAUCCAUAUUCACAAUAGAAAAUUCAGAGAAAGGAUGAGGCAAAAAUAAAAAAUAAUAAAAAUUGGGGGUUUUAGGGGUUUAACACAGAGCGGCGCAGCGAUCUUCUCUUUUCCUCUUCUCCCUCGUCUGCAACUCUGCAUCCUUCUCCCUGCCAGCCUUCUCCCCACCGCCAUUCGUGGUAACAACACUAAUACCAACGAUAGUAGCGACUGGUUGACGAAGCUGUUGGAGCCCGCCUCUAAGGUUAUAUCUCUAAGGUUAUAUCAUAUGGCACGGACCUCCCUCCUCGACGACGAUAAAUUCGCCGCCGCCUCCCUCUGCACAACCCGUAUCCAGCCGCCGCCGUCCGGGUUUCAAACGACGAAUAAACGGUACCACCUCACUCCUCUCUCUUCACCUUUCUUACACACUCACAGUCUUGCCACCUCCGCCAUUGUUUAUCAGAUCUGAGGUGUCAUACUUCCGUGCUCCAUUGAAAGAUUGAGUCUUGAUCUGCAUAGAAAAUUCAUAAAUAUUAGCUACCUUUUAAUUAAAGAGAGAAAGAAAUGUACCACAUAAAAAAAAUAAAAAACAUAGAAAAUACAUAGAAUAACUACGAUUAAAGCGAGAGUUUGCAGGAAAGUACCACAUAAAAAACAUAAAAAGAAUUUGAACAACCAAGAAUUUUAAAGCAAAAAAGAAAUAAUUUUACUGCAAUAAAUUUCUAAGAUUACCCAUUGGACAACAUUGCAACCAAACAUUCAGUGGAUAAAAAGAUGUGUGCAGUGGCUGGAAAAAAAAAAUUUAAGUAAAAAUCUGUGUAUUUAUAUAAGUAUAGAUUAUUCUUGUUUUAUUAGAGUAGCCACUAAACAAAGCUUAUAGUGAAAGCCAAACUUUCUCCUUUUUUUUCAGUUCAUCGUCCCCUUUCCACCUCUUCUUAAUCUCAUUUUAUUUUUGUUUCAAGCUUCAAAGAGACUAGCAACUAUUUUGAAAUCUGUUGGAGAACUGCUCUAGGUAAGAAUUCUUUAAUCUCAUUUUAUUUUUGUUUCAAGCUUCAAAGAGACUAGCAACCAUUUUGAAAUCUGUUGGAGAACUGCUCUAGGUAAGAAUCAUUUAGUCAAGCUUCGUCUGUGAUCAAAAUCGAAGAAGUUUUCCUUAUUUCAUUCCUUAUUCUGUUUUUGAAAAUAGGGGUAUUGGGAGGGGAAUUAGUUUGAUGUUGAAUUAUGUUAAUUCUUAUGUGUUUUAAGCUAGUAAUUAUUUAGAAUCGAGUAAUAUGAUAGUAACUGGGGGAUAUCAAGUAUGCUACUAUAUGUUGAUGUGAUAAAGAUGAGUUAAAUUUUAAGUUGAAGCAUUUUAGUAUGUAUUAAGAUGAUGUAUUUGGGUUUAUACACUUUUUAUUUGGCCAAAUAUCAGAUAUAUGUUGAAUUGAAACAAAGAAUGCAUUGUUGUCAGUUUUUGGCUUGACAUAACAAUAUCUUGUGGGAAGCUUUUGAUGAUGUUCCCAUAGUCCAAAUGACUUACUGUAAUAACUUCAGCAUUAAUAGUAGAUCUCUGCAAAAUUUCAACUGAAUCCGACACUCUUAGAUAUGUCAAACUAUUUUAUGAGAAGUACUGCGUGAAUCAGCGAAGUCAGUGGCAGAUUCAGCCUUUUAUGAUAUGAUUUCUUAUACACUUGAUGUAUUGUGUUUUUGUAACUUGCUAAUAAAGAUAAAUUUAAUAGCUUUCUAAAAAGGUGAAGUUUAUAUUUUUCUUUGAAGUGGUUGAUUUUAUAUGAUUUUUCAAAGUUGAGAUUCAUAUAUGAAUACAUGUUUGAGAUUUCUUACUUAGGAUAGUUAUGAAAAGAACUCUUAGAGCUAUGCUAAGUGAAUGGUGUUUUAGUUAUUAAUUGUAAGCUAAUCUAUAUAGAAUGGAUUAGUUUACUCUUAAGCUUUCUCAAUUGAGAUACCCUUAGAGAUAGAAUGUUAGUAUAUGCUUUUAGUUAGUUAAAUUCAUAAGAGCGGUUUAUUUAGACUUGAGGAUGCAACCUUAAAGUUUCAAGCGAUAGAAGUUUCAUCCAAGAAUUCUUUUCUAUUUACUUCUUAUUAAAUAUCCAAUCUUACUUGGUAACCUCAUUAUAAUGAAGUAAUUACCACUAAUAUCUGUUUUGCUGAUUGGUUUGAUCUUACAUACUUUUAAACAGAACAAUAAUUAUUUGUUUUUCUUUUCAUUGAAGUUGUGAUAAAUCUUUUGAAACUCGGAACUUGAGAUCUUCUCAAGCUGCUCUGUUUUUGUUUCAUAUAAUUUUAAGAGCUUGUUGAGGACACAAUAUUUUUUUUUGAGUUCAAAUCAUUAUUGCCCUUUUUGCUUUAUGUAGGCGAUGAUAGUAUGUCGCCUAGGCGUGACAUUGUUGGAAAAGAUAAGGACCAUGUGGAACUGAGUGAAGGUGCUGGGGUAGAUGAUUAUGAUGCAAUGUCCGACACAGAUGAAGAAGCCACAUCAAUAGCGAACGAUCAAGCCCUUUCAGAUGCAUCUUCAAUUAUAAGCAACUUUGACAAUCAUUUGAGUUACAAACUGGUAUCCACCGAGGUGGACUCUUUAUUGAAAAGGAAAUGGAAGUACACAUGGAAGAUGCCAGCUAUUAACAUGUCAAAUUGUCAUUGGAAAGGAACAGGAGAAUGCUCUAUUAAGGAUCUGGAAACAAAUUCUCUUUCUGGUCUCAAGCCGAGGUUAUACAAGCAUUGGUUGGAAAGCUGCAAGGCAUCAAGCAGUAGUGAAUGUCAUCAAUCUAAACUAAGAUCAUUUUUUUCAAUCUGCAGCAGCUAUUAUGAUAUAAUGCACUAUAACAAGAAGCCUUUUUACCUCAAAGGAUUGGAAGAAGAUUCAAACAUCAUGGAUGCGUAUCUCAUGCAUUCGUUGAAUCACGUUUUUAAAAGCAAGGAUCUUAUGGUAAAAAAUGAAAGGAAGCUGAGUAAGAAUCAAGUAAGUGUCGAGUGCCAAAGUGUUGAUGAUGAUGCUUACAGGGAUCGUGGCUUUACUCGUCCUAAGGUUCUGAUCCUUUUGCCUCUGGCAGGCAUCAUGCGCAGGGUUGUCAAGAGGUGGAUACAGUUGACUCCAACCAAACAUAAGGUGACUCUGGAAAAUUUGGAAAGAUUUUGUGAAGAGUUUGGAUCUGAACGGACUGAGAACAAGGAUGAAGAUGAUGAUCUAGAGAUCCCUAAACUCAGAACAUCUGGAAAACCACUUGACUUCCAGGUACUUUUUGGCAGGGGUGACGACAACAACGACCACUUCAUGAUUGGCAUAAAGUAUACCAAUAGGGGCAUUAAGUUGUAUGGUGAUUUCUAUACUUCAGACAUCAUUAUUGCAUCUCCUCUCGGCUUGAUCACUAAAAUUGGGGAGGUAGAAGCUCUAAAGGAAAAAGACGUUGAUUAUCUUUCUUCCAUAGAAAUCUUAAUCAUUGACCACGCAGAUGUUAUGUUGAUGCAGAAUUGGUCCCAUGUGAAUACUGUUGUUGAACAACUGAAUAAGCUGCCAUGUAAGCAGCAUGGAACUGAUGUUAUGCGCUUAAGACCAUGGUAUCUAGAUGGACAAGCACGUUUCUAUCGGCAGACAGUAAUUUUAGGUUCUCAUACAAAUCCAGAAAUGAAUGCGUUGUUUAAUCAGCAUUGCCUUAACUACCGAGGAAAGGUUAAAUUGGAGUGCUCAUACAACGGAGUUCUUCCAAAAAUAUUAAUUCAAGCACGACAGAUCUAUGAGCGUUUUGAUAUAGAAUCAAUAGUGGAAGCUGACAAUGCCCGUCUGAAAUAUUUCUGUGAAAAGGUCUUCCCCAAGAUAAAAGAUUCUGUUCAGGAUGGUGUGAUGAUUUUUGUCAGCUCUUACUUUGAGUAUGUCCGACUUAGGAAUUAUUUGAAAUCUCAGUCUGCUUCAGUCUGCUUGUUUGGAGAGUAUAUAAAGCGAAAUGAGAUUUCUCAUGUCAGGGGUGAGUUUUUCAGAGGAGAAAAGAAAAUUAUGCUCUACACUGAGCGAGCCCAUUUCUAUUACAGAUACAAGAUUCGCGGUGUGAAGAAUUUGAUAAUUUACUCCUUGCCAGAGAGAAAAGAAUUCUACCCACAGAUAGUUAACUUUCUGGAAGAGUCUGAUAGCAUGAAUUGCAGAGUAUUGUUUUCUCGUUUGGAUAAUCUCCGGCUUGAGAGAAUAGUUGGAUCUGCUGCUGCAAAAAGGAUGAUCGACUCGGAUAAAGGAGUGUUUGUUUUUACUUAGAAUUUUUUCCAAAUCAUCACAAAUGGCAUGUUACCUCAUCUUCGAGAUUUCAUAUUGUUCCAGAAAAUAUUCAAGUUGUAAAUGGAUUCGAGUUUGACAUUGCACAGUUUCGAGACAUUUAUGCAUAUUACUAUUUUGUCUUA